AUGUGGAGGAGACGAUCCCAUGAUCUCAUCACACCAUCCCACCAUGUUCUCAUCACACCAUCCCACCAUGUUCUCAUCACACCAUCCCACCAUGUUCUCAUCACACCAUCCCACCAUGUUCUCAUCACACCAUCCCACCAUGUUCUCAUCACACCAUCCCACCAUGUUCUCAUCACACCAUCCCACCAUGUUCUCAUCACACCAUCCCACCAUGUUCUCAUCACACCAUCCCACCAUGUUCUCAUCACACCAUCCCACCAUGUUCUCAUCACACCAUCCCACCAUGUUCUCAUCACACCAUCCCACCAUGUUCUCAUCACACCAUCCCACCAUGUUCUCAUCACACCAUCCCACCAUGUUCUCAUCACACCAUCCCACCAUGUUCUCAUCACACCAUCCCACCAUGUUCUCAUCACACCAUCCCACCAUGUUCUCAUCACACCAUCCCACCAUGUUCUCAUCACACCAUCCCACCAUGUUCUCAUCACACCAUCCCACCAUGUUCUCAUCACACCAUCCCACCAUGUUCUCAUCACACCAUCCCACCAUGUUCUCAUCACACCAUCCCACCAUGUUCUCAUCACACCAUCACACCAUGUUCUCAUCACACCAUCACACCAUGUUCUCAUCACACCAUCCCACCAUGUUCUCAUCACACCAUCCCACCAUGUUCUCAUCACACCAUCCCACCAUGUUCUCAUCACACCAUCCCACCAUGUUCUCUUCACACCAUCUCACCAUGUUCUCAUCACACCAUCCCACCAUGUUUUCAUCACACCAUCCCACCAUGUUCUCAUCACACCAUCCCACCAUGUUCUCAUCACACCAUCCCACCAUGUUCUCAUCACACCAUCCCACCAUGUUCUCAUCACACCAUCCCACCAUGUUCUCAUCACACCAUCCCACCAUGUUCUCAUCACACCAUCCCACCAUGUUCUCAUCACACCAUCACACCAUGUUCUCAUCACACCAUCCCACCAUGUUCUCAUCACACCAUCACACCAUGUUCCCAUCACACCAUCACACCAUGUUCUCAUCACACCAUCCCACCAUGUUCUCAUCACACCAUCCCACCAUGUUCUCAUCACACCAUCCCACCAUGUUCUCAUCACACCAUCCCACCAUGUUCUCAUCACACCAUCCCACCAUGUUCUCAUCACACCAUCCCACCAUGUUCUCAUCACACCAUCUCACCAUGUUCUCAUCACACCAUCCCACAAUGUUCUCAUCACACCAUCCCACCAUGUUCUCAUCACACCAUCCCACCAUGUUCUCAUCACACCAUCACACCAUGUUCCCAUCACACCAUCACACCAUGUUCUCAUCACACCAUCCCACCAUGUUCUCAUCACACCAUCCCACCAUGUUCUCAUCACACCAUCCCACCAUGUUCUCAUCACACCAUCCCACCAUGUUCUCAUCACACCAUCCCACCAUGUUCUCAUCACACCAUCCCACCAUGUUCUCAUCACACCAUCCCACCAUGUUCUCAUCACACCAUCCCACCAUGUUCUCAUCACACCAUCACACCAUGUUCUCAUCACGCCAUCACACCAUGUUCUCAUCACGCCAUCACACCAUGUUCUCAUCACACCAUCACCCAACGUCCCAUCAUCCCCCCACCAUGCCCGUGCUUUGGCUCUGGCCCUCACUGCAAUAGCUGGGGAAUGGAGGGUAGGGAAGGAGGAAGACGCAAUGAGGAACGCAAUGAGGGAGGGAAAGCGAGGAGGGGGGAGGUGCAUGCUGUGGCGCCCUGCCAUGACGGGCGGGAGAGCUGGAAAGGUGUGGGUCGGUGGGAGGGGUGGGGUGAUGCAGGGGAGGGAGGGCGGAACGAGUAUGGGCAAGGGCGGGAGAAGGGAGCUGCAGGCUGUACCGCCCAGCCAUGCUGCGGUGAAAGAGGUGGGGAGGGUUGGGCAGUGGGGUUGGUUGGGAGUAGGUGGAGGGAGCAAGGUGCAUGAACGUGCAUAA